AUGGUUUCCGCUCAAGCCGUCGGAAUCAUCACCGUUGUGUGCUGCGUGCUUGUCCGAUUGUUUUCGAUACCACGCGUUGACGAUAGCCUAGCUUCGGAGGUGAUCUUUGGCGUGAAACAGCAUGACGGCUCACGGCUUCCACCUGUCUUCGGGCACCGCGGCUGUGCCCUCGAUGCUCCCGAGAACACUUUGGCCGCCUUCAAGGAGGCCAAGAAAAACGACGCCGACGGAAUCGAGUUGGACUUGUCCUUCACGCGUGACAAUGUUGCCGUCAUCUUCCACGACGACACCCUGCAGCGCACCACCAACGGUGAAGGUCUACUAGAGAACAUAACUUUCGAGGAGCUGCGUCGUUUGGACGCCUCGUGCAAGCACCCGCUCUCCAAGCGUUUCCCCGAAGAGCGCGUUCCUACGCUCGAAGAAGGCGUCGAAGAGUGUCUGCGUCUUGGCAUGCGUAUUAUCAUCGAUGUCAAGAACUACGACUCCCGCGCCGUCGAGGCAGUCGACAAACUAUUUCGUGAAAAACCGGAGCUGUAUGGACGGGCACUAGUCGCCUCCUUCUAUCACAACUUCGUGUACUUUCUGCGACGCAAAAACCCAGAUAUUGUGACCGCGCUAACUUGGCGACCGGGAUUCCUAGCGUACGAGGACGUGAACAACACGCGACCACGCCACCGCGAUGCCGUAGCCCACAUGUUCGACACAAUUGCCGACUGGCUCCUCGAGACGGCACUCCACACCGGCCUUCUGCCUUACCUGACUGGUGCCUCGGCUGUUCUGAUCAGCAGUAACAUGAUGAGCGCUGAAUACGUAAAGGCCUGGCGUAACUGGGGUAUUCACGUGAUUGCCUGGACGUCCAACCAUCCGACCGAAAAGGAGUUCCUCCGCCGAUCACUGCGGGUCAGCGUUAUCACGGACACCAUGCACCCGGAUUAA